AAACUGGAUAACGCCCAGCUUGUCAAGUCAGGUGCUCAAGAAGUCCAGGAGGAGGAUCUGUUUCCAGUGUCUAUGGUAGCCAGCAGUACCUCAUCCUGUGAAGCACAUCCUGAGUUGGCAGGUCCUGUCCUGAAUGGCCAUGGUGAUAUCACGAUAUCAGACUUUGACAUCUCCAUGUCUUCUGUGUCAGUGGGUCCUGAUGCCGGAGACAAGUUUCUGGAUAUGGUUUUACAAAAUUCUGAGCAGGGCUUCUCUGGCUUGAUUUCCACACCAAGGAAAGUACAGAGCACAGAGUCACACCAACAUAUUUUAGCGGACGGAGCAGCAAGUUUUGACCCAUCUAUCCUCCGCACCCCACCUCAUCACACAGGCAUAUCAAAUUACCUUCACCUAUCUAACAUUUUUCCUUCUCCCAUAAAAUUGAGUAUUUCUGGCAAACCAUGGAUCAAUAUGGAU